AAUUAAAUAUUGUAUAUACGUAUAUUAGCCUCAGUUGAAGUUGAUAUUCCAUUCGGAUCGCACUAUUAAUUAAUUAUAAAGCAUAUACCAAUAUUUACAUUCGUAUGCGCACGUAUUUUGCAAAAUCUUUAUAAGUUUCAAGAAUUUCAAGUUGUAGUUAUUGAAAAAUAAAAACAAAACAAAAGAAAUGUUUGAACAAAACAAUACGGAUCGGAAUCCUUUCGCAAGUACAAAUGCUAAUAACGCUCUAUGGAGUUUGUCAGCUCAGAAUUCGGCAAACAAUGGUUCUCGUGGUGGUUCGUUACCGGCAAAUAGUCCACAAAAUGCAUAUACCACUCCGACGUUACCGCCUUCGAGUGUCAUAAAUCUAUCGAAUUCCUCCGAUGUGGUAAUCGGUCCAAUGACUCAAUAUCAAGGACCUGUAACUAUUUAUCAAUAUAUGGAUGCUACAGUCGAAGCACGUUCCAUGCAAGCUAACGGUGCAAUUAACAGUUCGAGAACGACUACGAGCACGACAGUAUCGCAACGCGUCACGUUCACAUCAAAACUAUUAAUACUCCUCCUGAUAUUAGUGAUUUUGGUUGUCGGCAUUAUUUUAUAUGUUGAACUGAUGCGUCCGAAAUCUGACGGACAUGCCAUAUAUUUCAGUAAUAAUUAUGAGCACGAUGCAUUUCCAAAUUUAGGCGAUGGACAUCUUGUAGUCGAACGUGAUCAGUGGGGUUCAUCGGAAAAUGCAAAAAAUUUAACAAUACCAUUAAAACAUCCCAUACCGUAUGUUAUGAUCACGCACAUCGGCGUACAAUCUCAGCCUUGUUACAAUAUUUACAAAUGCUCGAUUAAAAUGCGUAGCAUUCAAGAUGCUGCUAUUGCCGAAAAGGCUCUGCCCGAUAUACAGUCGAAUUUUUAUGUAAGUGGGGAUGGGUAUAUAUAUGUCGGUCGCGGUUGGCAUUGGGCAAACACAUAUGCAGAUAGAACACUGGCUAUCACUUUCAUGGGUGACUAUGUACGCCAUAAGCCGGAGAAGCGACAAGUGGAAGCUACUAAAUAUCUAUUGGCUCACGCGCUCACAAAUAAAUAUAUUGCUCUUGAUUACAAGCUAGUGGCCCAAAAUCAGACAAGAAAAUCGAAAAGUCCCGGUGCAUAUGUUUACAGUAUCAUUAAGAAGUGGCCACAUUUUCAUCCGUGCGGCGAAAAUAAUAAUCCAGUAUGCGGCAGUGAAUUGGGAAUGGCGCCGUACCCUUGGGACGCGCACGCAUAGAACUUAAUUAAGUCAGUACUUAUAUUCAGCUAAGGCCAAAUUCGUUUUUUAAAGUCCACCCAUUUGCAAAAAAUUCGAAACCAUUGAACUUAAGUUCACUGGAUAUCUGUUUGCGUUCGUGUGAGCUAAUGACAUAUUGUGCUCAAAUGCACAAGACAUAAUACAUGGGAGGCAUUUAUAUAUCAUGGGAGUCCUUGUAAUAAGCAGAUUUGGAUUAUUUUUCUUGAGAUUUCUAUUACGCCAACAACGUCCCAAUUGACUUUGACACGCUCACGGUCGCUAUUGACGAGCAUGACUUUUAGGUAUCACAUUGGUAUUAAGUAUUAUCGUUAGAAUAUCGUAUUUUUCCGGCAAACCCCUAUAUUAGCUCUCCUUUGAUCAAUUAUUAGUAGUUUUAUACUAAAUUCUUACGAGUGCUAAUGUAAAUCACAAUAAAAUCGCUUAUAAUCCUAAAUCGUUCCUUUACUUAAAAUUAUUUGAAUUAACUUUUGAAUAAAUGAAAAUCCCCGAUGUAAGCAUUGAACCAGUGUUACCGCGACUAUUGAUCACAAUUCUUUAAUUAGAGAUUCGGGGAAUAAAUGGCGAUAUAAAAUAUUGUAUAAAUUGAUGUUGAUUGAAAAACAUAAACAGGUAGAAAUUUUUACUCAUUGAAAUUAAUUCAUUCAUAUAUAUUUCAACUAAUUAUCAUUCGACUCUUUGGACAGUAAUUGCUUAAUAAUUAAUUUCAAUUUGUGAUGUUGAGUUUUAUGCAUUCUAUAGCAGAACCGAUAAAGCUUUCCUAUUCCUUUCAUUCAUUCAUUCAUUCCUUCAUUUCUUCUUCUUUUGU